UUCGUCUCAAACCAAACGCUUGUUCGUUCGCAUCCAAAAAGAAGCUGCUUUUGCGGGCGGCUGGAUUCUUUCUUUUUUCGUGUAUUUUGUGCUCAAAAUACCAAACUAAAUUUGUGAAAUUUAGUUCGCGAGAGUGCGGCGUGCUAACCCAAACUCGAAAUGACGAUCGGCAAGAACAACAAAAUGAUCCAGCUCCUGAACUAUCGGGUGCGGAUUGUUUUGCAGGACUCGCGAACUUUCAUCGGGACGUUCAAAGCCUUCGACAAGCACAUGAAUCUGAUCCUGGGGGACUGCGAGGAGUUCCGUAAAAUCAAGCCGAAGAACACGAAACUGCCGGAGCGGGAGGAGAAACGAGUGCUGGGAUUCGUCCUGCUGCGAGGUGGUAAUAUUGUGUCCCUGACGGUAGAAGGUCCUCCUCCACCGGAGGAAGGUCUCCCGCGAGUUCCGAUCCCCGGAGGUGCUCCCGGUCCCGGAAUGGGCCGUGUCGCCGGGCGGGGAAUGCCGGCAAACAUUGCUGCCGUUCCGGCCGGAUUGCAAGGUCCGGUCCGAGGCGUUGGUGGACCAUCUCAGCAGCACAUGGCCCCCGUGGGACGCGGCGGACAGGUUUCGGCUCCACCGCAGAUGCGACCGAUGAUGCCUGGAGGGCCACCACCCGGUAUGAUGCCCGGACCGGGAGGACUCGCCCAGAUGGCCGGUAUGGCCCGAGGUGCUCCUCCACCGAUGCGAGGUCCACCGCCCGGUAUGAUGCGUGGAGGUCCUCCGCCGAGGCCGUAUUAGAAAGGUAACGGGGCGCAGUUAGAAUUAAGUAUUGAAAGAAAUGAUUCUCUGCAGCAUUCUUUUCAUUGUAUUUCCAUAAGAACUAAUAAAGCUGGGUGAACUAAUGUGAA